AUGGCUACCAAAGCUGCUUACAAGCGGCUCAACAAGGAGUACCUCUCGAUGCAGAGAGAUCCGCCCCCGUUCGUUUGGGCUGCGCCGGACGAGAAGAACAUCUUGACUUGGAACUAUAUCAUUCGAGGUCCCCCCGAAUCUCCCUUCGCCGGAGGAGAGUAUCACGGUGUCCUGCUCUUCCCUCCAGAAUACCCCUUCAAACCUCCCGGCAUUAAGAUGUUGACUCCAUCGGGGCGGUUCCACCCUGACCGGAAGAUCUGCUUCUCGAUGUCCGAUUUUCACCCGGGCACUUGGAACCCUGCUUGGAGUGUGUCCACCAUAUUAACUGGAUUGUUGUCGUUCAUGCUCUCAGAUGAGAUGACAACCGGGUCCGUCACUUCGACGGACGCCGAUAAGCGCCACUACGCUGCGCGGAGCCAUUCAUGGAAUAUCACACAGAAGAAGUUCAAGGAGGCAUUCCCUGAGCACUCUGCAGAAACUCAGCGGGAUCUUCCGAAUAUGGGCGAGAAAGAACGUGGAGCAAGUUCAAAACCUGACCCCAACUCUAUCCCUGCUGUCGCGCCAGUCGCAUUCUCAACUGCUACUCCACCACAAGCGGCACAUCCUUCCGCUUCUGCCACUAUCACGCUCAAUAACUCUUGCACCGCAUCACGGACAUCCGGUAGCGGUGCGGUGAUUCCUGCUGGUUCGAGCGGCGCCGUUGGCGAUGCCGCGAAGUCAGUCGGAUGGACAACAGCGUGGCGGCAGCUAAUUUGGGACAAGUGGAGGUGGGGAGUCAUUCUAGCUUUGGCUAUCAUUGUUUCUCGCAUGUCGUCCACCAACUAG